UUAAGAUGGAAGUCUCUUAACUAAGGCUUAUAAGAUUUAAUUAAACUUGGUUGACUAUUUUAUAAACUUUCGUUGUUGGCGAAUCGAUUAUGUUUCGCGAAGGUCUUGUGCUGGCCCACAAGUGUCUAAAUUUAAACUAUUUACGUACAUAUAGACCGUGCUACCAAAGCUGUCACAACAAAUUUCAUUUGUAGUCAAAUUUACAGGCCCCUGUGUUUAGUUUUUUCGGAGAAGCAGGACUUGCCGGCAAGGGAACUGAAACAAAAAAGAUAUGUCAAAAUUUCUACUGAGCAAUGGGAAAAAUAUGCCUAUGGUGGGUCUAGGCACCUGGCGGAGUCCUCCGGAGGUCAUAACACAGGCCGUCAAGGAUGCCAUUGACAUUGGGUAUCGUCACUUUGACUGCGCCCAUAUUUAUGGAAACGAGAGCCAGGUGGGGGCAGCUCUACGCGACAAAAUAGAUGAGGGAGUCGUAACACGGGAUGAACUAUUUAUCACAAGCAAACUCUGGAACACAUACCACAAGCCGGAGCUAGUCCGUUCCGCCUGCGAGACAAGCAUCAAGAAUCUGGGUGUGGGAUAUUUGGAUCUCUACCUAAUGCACUGGCCCAUGGCCUACAAGUCGGGGGACAACCUUUAUCCCACCUGCCCGGAUACAGGCAAGGCCGUGUUCGAGGACAUCGACUACGUGGACACCUGGCGGGCAAUGGAGGAUCUGGUGGACGAGGGUCUGUGCCAUGCCAUCGGGGUGUCCAACUUCAAUGAGCAACAAAUCAACCGACUGCUGAGUGUGGCCAAGCUAAAGCCCGUAGUCCUCCAGAUCGAAUGCCAUCCGUAUCUUCGGCAGAAGGCUCUGAUCACUUUGUGCUAUGACAACGCCAUCGCCGUUACAGCUUACAGCUCCUUGGGAUCGGGCCACACACCGUACGAGAAGCCCGGUGCCUAUCCGUUGCUCCAGCAUCCUACCAUCCUGGCCAUUGCCGAGAAGUACGGCAGGACACCGGCCCAGGUCCUUCUCCGUUACCAGACACAAUCAGGAAUUAUUGUUAUACCGCGAUCCGUGAGCAAACAGCAUAUGUACGACAAUUUCAAGCGCAUCUGGGACUUUGGACUGGCCAUUGACGAUAUCAAGGCUAUUGAUGAUUUGGACUGCAAUGGCCGUUUCAUGACCAUGAAGGCGGCUUAUGGACAUCCUCAUCAUCCUUUCGAGCUUGGCCAGGGAAAAUAAUGCAUUUCAAAGUAUUAAUUGUAAAGGUUCUGGAUCAAGUGGCCAAAACCGAAACCAAAAGUCUCAAUUAUCCUGCAUUGAUCCUUUCAUUUAAUGUCCCAAAGAGGAAAAUCGAUUUAUACCAUUUACCAAAUCGAAAAAAGAAUAUUUGUUACAAAUUCACUUAUGUUAGUAAUACUUUAAUAAAUUUUAACAUAUUUACACGACAAUAAAAGUUAAAUAAUA